AUGCACGACCUCGUCAGUGCUGGUGUGGAUCUGGAGAGCUUGCCAAGGAGGCACACAAGCAGUGAUAGGAAGAUAUGGAUGCCGGACCUUAAAGGUUUAUUCUCUGUGAAGUCUGCAAGGGAGAUGGUGAGGAUGAGAUAUCCAGUGCUGGAGGAAGCAAAUCUGUUAUGGAAGAGUGUUGUGCACCCUUCUUUGGCAGCACAAAAUUGGAAGUUUGUCAGGGGAGCUUAUGCAACUCUGGAUAAAGUAAAGAGCAGGUUCAAGAUAGCUCUUCCGUCGAGGUGCAGUGUGUGCCAGAUUGAGGAGGAGUCUUUGGAACAUGUUAUUUGGAGCUGUAGUGCUGCGAAUUGGGCUUGGCAAUGGCUGGCAGGUAUUUUCCAUAUUAUUCCUCAUUAUAACUUGCUUGCUGCUAACAAGGAAGUGAAAGGGCGUAGUAGAAUAGUUAAAGACCUGUGGUUAGUCUCAAUCUUGGUGCUACGUUCGGAGCUGUGGUACCAAAGGAAUAAGAUGGUCUAUGAAAAGAAGAAGCCUUGCUGGACUUUCUUCAAAAAACGUGUGUUUAACCUCAUUCAUGAGUACUCGGCUAGAAUGACAGGAUGUAUGUUCAACAAGGUAGAAGAUCUUGAGAUUCUGAAUUUUUUCAGAGUUAAAUGUCGUAGGGUGAAGAUGUUAGAGCCUGUUGAGUGUUUUCGGCAACCUCCUAUGCACAAUCAGCUUUUGCUGUGCUGUGACGGUGCCUCUAGAGGCAAUCCAUGGGUGGCGGGAGAUGGUGUGGUGGCGAGAAAUUCUGCUUGUGAAGUGGUUGGGGCGAUGUGUGUUUGUCUUGGAAUUAUUUCCAAUUAUAUGGCGGAGUUGUAUAGCAUUCUGAUUGGUUUAGAAUUGGCAGUUCAAUGGGGAUACCGGGAUGUUCUAGUGCGGACUGAUUCAUCAAGUGUCAUAACAGCUUUGGAAGGGGAUUUUAUUCCUUGGUUUGCUAGACAGAGAUGGUAUGAUGUAAAGGGCAUGUUUGAUUCUAUAAAUUUUGUGCACACGUACCGUGAAGCCAAUUUCGCAGCUGACAAGAUGGCGAAGACUGGUUGCUUAUUAGAUAAUGGAGUGAGACUCACUUUUGUUGGUCGUCCUGAGUUGUUAAACUCAAUAGAGUUCCCAUAUGUUUCCUAUUUUCGAUUGAAAUAG